GAUCAGUGCCCAGCAUUGCUGACCACCUGUGCCACCCACCUGUGCCCAUCAGUGCCACCCUCCUGUACCCAUCAGUGCCGCCUACCUUGCCCCCCAUCAGUGUCCAUCAUGCCACCCAUCAGUGCUGCCCAGCAGUGCCGCUCAUCAGUGCUGCCAUCAGUGCUGCCUAUCAGUGCAGCAUCAUCAGUGCCACCUCAUCAGUGCCGCCUAUCAAUGCUGCCUAUCAGUGCCUCCUAUCAGUGCCCCCUAUCAGUGCCCAUCAGUGCUGCCUAUCCAUGCCACCUCAUCAGUGCCCAUCAGUCCUGCCUAUCA